AUAACGGCGAGAACUUCCUAAUCCAUAUACGACCAGGCCAUCAGGGACAGCAUUCUGCUCCUGCAGCAACAAACCAAAACUUCUCAUCUGAAAGGGUCACACGCAAAAACAGAGAUGUCAUGCAGCUCCUCAGUAAACACGCAUCCAGUUCCACCAACGUAAAUAAGGCAACAGAAGCUGCUCCACAUCGGAAUCCCACGGUUCUUGAUCUCUUCCUGAAGUCAUUGCAAGAGAAGAAUGGUUGCCAAGUCCUCUGCAAAAAGGUCUUCAAACUGGGCGAAAAGGAGAUCUUGGCAUCGAUGUCAGAAGUACAAGGAAAGUUCAAAGUUCACUUGGCCACAAAUCACGCCGAGCCACUUAUUCUCCACUGGGCACUCACAAAGAAGGCCGGAGAGUGGAAGGCACCUCCUCCAGGCGUAGCACCUGCUGGUUCAACAUUGCUUGAACUGGCAUGCGAGAGUUCAUUCUCUGAUGCUGAACUAGAUGGUUUGCAUUACAAGGUUCUGGAGAUAGAGCUUGAUGCCGACAGCUAUAGGGGGAUGCCUUUUGUCCUCCGGUAUAAUGAAACAUGGAUAAAGAACAAUACCUCUGACUUUUACCUUGAUUUUAGCAGGAGAACUGCCAAGACUUCAGAGAAGGAUAGUAGUGAUGCUGGUAAAGGGACUGCAAAGGCUUUGCUAGAAACAAUAGCCGAUCUAGAGGGAGAGGCCCAAAAAUCUUUUAUGCAUAGAUUCAAUAUAGCAUCCGACCUAGUUGAACAAGCAAAAGAUGCGGGACAAUUGGGUCUUGCUGGACUACUGGUUUGGAUGAGAUUCAUGGCCACGAGGCAACUUAUCUGGAACAAGAAUUAUAAUGUGAAGCCACGUGAGAUUAGCCAAGCACAAGAUAGGUUCACAGACAAUCUUGAAAGUCUCUACAGAACAUAUCCACAGUACAGGGAGAUGCUAAGAAUGAUAUUGGCCGCAGUAGGUCGUGGAGGUCAGGGUGAUGUCGGUCAACGUAUUCGUGAUGAGAUUUUGGUAAUACAGAGAAACAAUAACUGCAUGGGUGGAAUGAUGGAAGAAUGGCAUCAAAAACUACACAACAAUACAAGCCCAGACGAUGUGGUGAUUUGUCAGGCACUGAUGGACUAUAUGAACAGUGACCUUGACAUCAAAGUUUAUUGGGAUACUUUAAACAAAAAUGGCAUAACAAAGGAAAGAUUAGCAAGCUACGAUCACCCUAUUCACUCAGAACCAAAUUUAACGAGGGAGCAGAAGGAGGGUCUACUACGCGACUUAACAAACUACAUGAGAAGCCUCAAGGCUGUUCACUCCGGUGCUGAUCUAGAAUCUGCUAUAGGAACCUGUACAGGGUACACGUCAGAGAGUCAGGGUUUCAUGGUUGGUGUCGAAGUGAAUCCUGUAAAGGGAUUACCAUCUGGAUUUUCUGAAUUGCUUAAGUUUGUCCUUGACCACAUUGAGGAUAAAUCAGUGGAAUCACUUGUUGAGGGUCUCUUGGAGGCAAGAGCUGCGCUUCGCCCUUUGCUCCUUGGCUCAACGGAUCGCUUGAAGGAUCUCAUAUUUUUGGACAUUGCUCUUGAUUCUACUGUUAGGACAGCAGUUGAAAGGUCAUAUGAAAAUCUGAACAAUGCAUCACCUCAGAAACUCAUGUACUUCAUCAGUCUAGUUGUUGAAAAUCUUGCGUUGUCCACUGAUGACAAUGAGGAUCUCCUAUACUGCUUAAAGGGAUGGAACCAUGCCCUUGAAAUGUCAAACAAAUCUGAUAGUCAGUGGGCAUUGUAUGCAAAAGCAUUUCUAGACAGAACUAGACUUGCACUUGCAACCAAGGGAGAAGAAUACCAUAAUAUUCUUCAGCCUUCAGCAGAAUACCUUGGUUCGUUACUUGGAAUUGAGCAAUGGACACUUAACAUAUUUACGGAGGAAAUUAUCCGUAGUGGAUCAGCCGCUUCAUUGUCCUUACUCCUCAAUCGUCUCGACCCUGUUCUUAGGAAAGUUGCAAACCUAGGAAGUUGGCAGAUCAUAAGCCCAGUUGAAGUAGCGGGGUAUGUGGUUGCCGUAGACCAACUGCUCACUGUUCAAGACAAAUCUUAUGACAAACCCACAGUUUUGGUGGUAAAAGGUGUCAAGGGAGAGGAGGAAAUACCUGACGGCGUUGUCGCCGUCCUUACUCCAGAUAUGCCCGAUGUAUUGUCCCAUGUCUCAGUUCGAGCAAGAAAUAGCAAGGUAUUGUUUGCCACAUGCUUUGACCAAAAUAUCUUCUCUGAACUUCAACAAAACGAAGGCAAGGUACUUUCACUAAAGCCAGGUUCUGUAGAUAUAAAUUACAGAGAGAUUGCAGAGAAUGAACUAGUUUCAAGUUCCCCUGAUACAGCAGAUGGUCAAUCAGCACCAUCUCUGUCACUAGCGAAGAAGCAAUUUCUUGGAAAAUAUGCAAUAUCUGCUGACGAAUUCUCUGAUGAAAAGGUUGGAGCUAAAUCCCGGAAUAUAGCUUACCUCAACGGAAAGGUGCCAUCAUGGGUCAGUGUCCCAACGUCAGUUGCACUCCCAUUUGGAACCUUCGAAACAGCUUUGUCUGAUAACACUAACAAGGAAGUAGCCCAAAAGUUACAGAUCCUAACGGACAAGCUCAAUCAAGGAGAAUUUGGUGCUCUUAAUGAAAUCCGAAAUGUUCUGCUGAACCUAACAGCUCCUACUGAUCUGGUGAAGGAGCUCAAGGAGAAGAUGCAAGGUUCUGGAAUGCCCUGGCCUGGAGAUGAAGGUGAACAGCGUUGGGAACAAGCAUGGAUGGCAAUCAAAAAGGUGUGGGCCUCAAAAUGGAAUGAAAGAGCAUACUUCAGCACCCGGAAAGUGAAGCUUGAUCAUGCCAACCUUUGCAUGUCGGUUCUUGUGCAAGAAGUUGUGAGUGCAGACUACGCUUUCGUGAUACAUACUACCAACCCAUCAUCUGGAGAGUCUUCAGAAAUAUACGCUGAAGUUGUUAAAGGGCUUGGGGAGACCCUUGUGGGAGCCUAUCCUGGUCGUGCAAUGAGCUUCGUCUGCAAGAAGGAUAAUCUUGACUCUCCCAAGGUAUUGGGAUAUCCAAGCAAGCCAAUUGGCCUCUUCAUAAAGAAGUCGGUCAUCUUCCGUUCUGACUCGAAUGGUGAGGACUUGGAAGGCUAUGCUGGGGCUGGACUCUAUGACAGUGUGCCUAUGGACAAGGAAGAAGAAGUGGUUCUUGACUACACAAAUGAUCCCCUCAUUACAGAUUGCAGUUUCCGUAACACAAUACUCUCAAACAUUGCUCGUACUGGUCAUGCUAUUGAGGAGCUCUAUGGGUCUCCACAGGAUAUUGAGGGAGUGGUGAAGGAUGGAAAGAUCUACGUUGUGCAGACACGGCCACAAAUGUGAUUUACUAUUUACAAGUACGGUAUAGAAUAUGCAUGACAGCCCGUGCAUCUUAUAGAGUUCCACAAUUGUGCAAUGUACUAAAACAUGCACAUACAUUUUUGGUGUUGGUAUAAGAUGGCAAACUAGAGAGUAAUAAAAGGAGGGGCGAGUUAUCCCCAAGCAUAUAGAACUACAGAGUAAUAAGAGUGCACUACGAAGAAACCUAUCCAUAUAAGAAGUUCCAAACAUCUCUUACAGAAAAGAAUGCAGCCUGCAAAUGAAGAUUAGAAGUGUUAUUGCUUGAAAGAGAAGCACUGCUCUUGGGAUGACUGAGAUAAACAGGUCAAAUCUAUUUCUACUGAUUUCAGGCCAUUAAAAGAAACAAAGGCAACUGAGUUGUAAUAAGGUAACUGGUAAUGGCUGGCAGUUAUUGGCUAUUGCAGAUAAGUUUCACAAAGUCCUCUGAUUCCUCGACCGGUGGAUUAUGGUCCAUGGUCAUAGGGUUGGUGCUAGUAUGGUGGAGAUGCAACUGUGAGGCAGGUUCAAUGUGGAUGGCCUCGGAUUUUUCUUUCUUUUUGUGUAAGUCGAUCGGUUGUAAUGCUUGCCAUUGUGUUUAAUAAUAAAUAAAAUGUUUGCAUCAAUUGAUGCAGGG